CGUGGGCCGCCAUGUCGUGACGGUAAUAGCGACCGUAACCGACACGUCCGUGCGUGCGCGCGCGCCGUGCGCCUGUGUACACGACGACGGCCGCCACACGCGCGUUUAUUGGCCGGUUCUUUUUUUUCGCGUCGUCGUCUCGUACCGCGGCGUUUCGGUUUCUGGACUUUGACACCCAUUCCGGUCGUCGCCGUCGUCGUCGCGUCACGUCACGUCACGAUUAUGGUCGUCCGAACGGACAACGAGCGUAAUAUUUAUAACAACAUCAUGCAAUCGUCAAACGGCGGUCCUGUGUUUCGAUUACAAUGUCUCUAAGUGACAUUUGUCUAAUGUAUCUCUUAUUGUUUAAUUCUUAAUUUUUUUUUUUUUCGUUUUUUUCCCCUCAAUUUUUUUCCUCAUUUUUUUUUUAUUUUUUUACGAUUUCUUUUUUUUUUUUUUUUUUUGUAAUUCAAUUUUUUUUUUUUCUUAAUAUUAUACCCACGUAAAACUUAUUAAAUACCUAUACUUAUAUACAUACUCGUGCGAGCCGUACGUCUAGUUUUAUAAUUCGUCAAAAGACGUCGUCGUCGUUACAUUUCUAUUCUAUUGUUUAUUGUCGUACUCAUAAUACUUAUACACACACACACAUACACACGACGGUGGUUUGAUUCUUCGAUUUUCGUGUCGUCGAAGAAAAGGUAAAUAUUUCAAACAACACUCGUCGGUGUUCUCGAAAAUCUCGCCGGUCUCGUCAAGCAAAAGCAAAUUAAAAAUAAAUUAAAAAAAAGACGAAGAAAAAAUGUCAACUGUCGUCGAUACCCGUAGCGUCACCUGAAGUUGUUCACCCGUAUCCAUUAGGAUUCGUUAGAAUUUUAAGAGGUUUCCGUUUUCCGCCCGUACCGGCGGACCAAAGUAAAUCGGACGUCCGCACACGGCGGCAGCAAACAUGAAAGAUAAACCGAAUUCCACUCGCAUCUACGACGAGGACGGGUUCCGCAGACGGGCCGCGUGCAUAUGCGUGCGCAAAGAUUCCGACGAGGUAAUUAUAAAAUAACGGGGGCUGAUUGAUUACCACCGCGGUGGGUGCUUCGGGUGCUCCGUCCGGGCGCCUAACCGUGUAAUGUGUUGCUGCGUUCACCUCGCGUUGCAUUGCACUUGCCUGUCGCGUCCAUAGUGUUACAUCACGGAACACAAGUACCUACUUUAUGUCUAAUGAUAAUGUCGUGUACGGUUUACUAACCGUGGGUGUCGGUUGCGGUCUCGUGUCGAUAAAAAUCCAAUCGGUCCGUGCCGUUUGUACAAUUCAAUCAUUUUUUUUUUUUUUUUUUUUUUUUUUUUUUUAUAUCUAAUUAGCUCUGAUAAUACACGCGACAGUGACGCGCCCCCCCCCCCCGAAAAUUGUUCCGAUGGGAAGGGACGUAGUAAACACGGCCCGCGAAUAAUUCAAAUCGGACAGUUAUUUCGUUUCGCGUACCCGAACCGAAAACGAUAGUUAAAAUCCGAAUCCACGGAAACCCAAUCGGUUUACAAUAAACCGGGCCUUUUCCUUUGUCGCGUUUACCUUUAAUCAAAACAUGUGCUUAGGUUGAAACUAUUAAAUUGGUACUCGUAAGUAUUGGUACGUUCAAGCCAAUGGGAUGGGGGAGGGGGGGAAUUGACCACUAACUUUCCCCCCGUGCGUUCCACCGUACACAAUAUGUACAUAUUUUAAGUAUUACCCUAGGUAGCUAUUUGGUUUUUGGCAGGUGAAUACAUUUAAUAAAUUGAGGCACAAAUGUAUUGUUAUAAUGUAUUAUUCAAUUUUUUCAAAUUUCUCUUUUGUAAGUACGUAUUCUCGUUACCUAAUUAUUCAGAUAAGAUUUUAAUUUGAAUACCUACGUACUUGUCUAAUCUAUGUAGCUAGGUAACACAAUUAAUCAAUUUUGAUUAGUUAUUACCUAUGUUAAUUUUAGCUUCUUCGAGCUGGUUACAAACCGGUAUAAACUAAAAAUAACAUUUGCAAGGUGUUUGAAUUCGUUGUGUCUAACCUUAGGUACUGCAUUAUCUACUUAUUUUAUCAUCCAUAAAAAUACUUUUACGCCAUAAUUACUGUUUAACAUGAACAUUUCCCCUCAUUUUCAUGAACAAUAAUUUUUUUUUUUUUUUUUUUUACAAUCGCUAGAUAAAGUAUUACAAUGGACUCGACAUGUAUUCAUCUAAUUUUAUUUACAAUAAUCUAACACACUUUAAUUCCAGUUCGCACUGUACAUUUUUGUAUGAAAUAUGAAUUUUAUCACCGUUUAAUUAAUUAAUUCAAUUUAUUUUGUUGUGUUUUUGUAAUAUUAAAAUUGUAUAGAUGUUUAACUAUAGAACAUAUGUAUGGGUAUAACAUAAUGAAUAUUAAUCAAAUAAUUUAUAGUUAUCAACAGCUGGCAUUAUGUUAUCCUGAUGGUAAGUUGUCGACGAUUGUAAAUUUAUGAAUAUCUUUAUUUUAUUCAACUAAAUUAAACCUGAGCCUCUUAGCUAUCAACCCGGUAUACGAAUAAAGUUGGAAAGUGCACAGGUUGGGUUAGUUUAGCUGUAAACAAAUUAAAAAUAAAUAAUCAUGAAGACUGAAAAGUUCCUUACUUCCAUGUAUAAAUUCACUACUAUAUUAUAUGUACGGACAUUUGGUAUAUUAAAUUAUGUGUAUGAAUUAAAAAUCUUAAGUGAAUAUUGUGUAAUGUAUAGAUACUUAAUCUGUUUAUUUGUAUUUCAUUUUUUUUCAAUGACAUAAUACUUAUUACCUUCCGUUAUAUUCUUACAUUCGUAUUAUAAUCUAUCAGAGAUUAAUUGAGUCUUAAUAAUUGAACCAUUAUAAUUUGUCUGCAACAUAAUACUAAUUUCCAUUUAAAUUAAAAUAAGUGGGUGAUAAAUUAUCUAUUUAAACAUAGGUAAAUAUAUAUCUAUUUAUAUAGUAUUCUUGUUAGAUGUAACAAGGGUGUACGAGGAAUGUAAUAGUUUUACGUGAUUAUUUAUUUAGUUUUUUUUUUUGUCAAAUUUUCUCCUAAAAUGAAGACUAUUACACUGUAUCGUGUUUGUUGUGUAUAUAUAUAUAUUAUAUAACAAAAUUAUCAAAUUCUUAUAAAUCAACAAUUUUCUUUAAGUAACUUUGAUUUAUAUUUUUAAAAUAAUUGUAGAGCCGUUUAAGCUUUAUUUUAACAAGAUUUUAAAUUUUUACCCUUACUCAUUGUACCUGAAAUGAUUGUAUAUUUUGAAUUUUCAAAUAGCAAUAGCCUUUCUCUUUCGAACACAAGUUCAAAUAGAGCAUAUUUUUCUAAUAACACUUAUCUUCAUUAAAUUUAGCAUUAAUGAGUUAUAAAAGUUUAAAGUUCAGACAGGAAGAGUAAAGAACGUUUAUGAAUUAAUUAUCUAAAAAAUAUGAAAUUUAUUACCCUUCCCUACUACUCUAAUCUGAAUUUUAAACUGUUAAAACUUUAUAUUUAUUAACCCUUUAUUACCUACCUUAUUACUAGACAUUUUUUGGGUAUUUUUACAAUAUAAAAUUAAACUAUAAUACUUACCUGAAUAAAAUCUAUUUAGUCAAGAAUUAUAUUUAAAGAAAUUUAAAAAAAAUACUACUCAUCAAAAACCCCUAGAUUUUUAACUGUAUGUCCUUUCAUCACGCAUAAUUGUAUACCAUUUUACCAUAACAAUAUAAAAUAUUUCUAGAAUAAAACCUUUUUCUGUUUUGCCCCGAGUGGGAGCGCCCUGGCUACUCAUUUGUAGGUUGUAGUUAUUUUUUCAUGGGGGUGGGAAUUUGGGAAGAUUAGAUUAGAGUGCCUUGUAAUUAAUUCUUAUAAUAUGUAUUCUGUAACAAAAUAGUAUUCUAAACAAAGUUUGGUCUGCUUUUUUUGUUAACAUUUGCCUCAAUUUUUUUCAACUAAAUGCAUCUUAUGAUAAACCUCGUAUUAAACUUUUGGCAAUUUCUGCUCUGUCACCACAGUUUUAUCCAUACAAACUUCAAAUGGCUAUAAAUAUCUCAAAAAUCAGUAGAUUGAUUUGAAUAGUUUAUUGCAACUAGAAAAUAACAGAAAUCAUUACUAUUACUGAUUAAAAUUUCCAUACUUUUUUCGGUUUUUUUGUAGUAUAAUCAAUUACUUAGCUGCCAUAGUUUAUAAAAGAAGCUAAUAAAUAACUAUAUAUUUAUAAAAUAAAACCCAAUUUGUUCAGAAUUUAUAAAUACUAAUAACAAAUUAAUCGUUUGUUGAUUUAUUAGCCCUUUAUUAAAUUCUUGUGAUACUCAAUGUGAGGUUCUUAGGCCCUUGAUUUUUAUGUUUGUACCAAUCUCAUAAUCCAAGUUUUAAUUUGGGUCAAAGUAAGAGCUCAGAAGCCAAGUAUAAGAUUAAGUAGGUAGGUAGAGGUAAUGAGGUAAAUUAUUAAUAUAAUGAUAUACAGAACGAAUUUUUGGGUUACUUCUUAAUAUUUAUUCAUGUUCUAUGAUAUAAUGCCAAAAUAUAACAAUGUAUAAGGUUAUUCAAGUACCUAUAUUUGAAACAUUGUUCAAGGUGAUAAUAAUUAAUUACAUAUGACAAAUACUCAACUUAACCAUCUAAGAAAAAUGGCUAUAAAAAAGUAUAUUAAUUUUUAUAUUAAUAUUCUGAUUAAUGUAUUAUUGAUAUUAAAUAACCUUUAAUCACUUUUAUCUUCAGAAUUUAACCUAUUUAUCUGUUUAUUCUAUAAUACACCAAUGAAUUAAUUUGAUUAAAUUUUUUUAUUGUUAUUUCUUUUGCUUAGUUUCAAAUUCAAACUACUAAUUAGGUACUGAUUUUUUGUUAAAAAAUGUUAUAAUGAUAAAAAAUUGUUUUUUUUUUUAAAUUUUUAGAUAGUACAUAUUUGAACUGUAUUAAAUUUUAACAUCUUUGUGUGAUUUGAUUAAUUCCUGGCAAAACAUACGAAUAGAUGGUACUUUUAAAUUUAAAUUAUCGGACACCUUAUGCGUUUUUUCAAUAUUUAAUUUUAAGUAUUCUAUCGAAACUUGAGUGAUCGAUUCUGUUCAUUUUGGACAUGUUCCAAGGUUAUACAAUUAUACAUGUUAGAUUUAGAGUUACCUACAUUAUUAACUUAUAUGCAUUUUUAAAAACAAUUAUUUUUAAAUUCAAAUGUUAAGCACUGAUUUUUCUUUUACUCCCAAAACCAUUAGUCAUGCAAAUAUUCAUUGUUAUUUGAUACUGUAGAACAUGAAACCAAUAGAUUAGCAUUAAAUUAAAUUAGAUCAUCGAAAUAAAAUAUGCCAGUCAAAUAUAUCUGAAUCGUGCAUAUUUUUAUUUUAUAAUUUUUUUUUUUUAUUAUUAUUUAGUAGAUAAUAAAAAUUUAAAAUAAUUAUUCAUGUUUCAAAGUACGUGUAUUUAACCUAAUUUAUAUUUUAAAUUAUUAUUAUAAUUCCACUCAAAAGUGGGGUACUUAUAUAUAGGCAAUCAAACACGGAAUUUCUUACUAGUAGAUGAAUAUUAUUAUGUUUAUAUAUAUUAACAUUUACAAAAAUGAGUUGUGGUUUUGGGUAGUCAAAGCAUUAAACUUGUUAUACUUUAUUAAAUUUGUUAUUAAUGAUAAAUGUAAUAAUUACAUGACACGUUUUAUUAUUAAAAAAAAAAAAAAAAAUGUGUUUUGUAUAAACUGUUAAAGUUAGCAAAUAUAUAUAACAUUUCAAAUGCUACGUGUACGCUGUACCUAUAAAAUAUAAAUUAGCGGUUUUUUGGGCUAUAGUCAUUGAUUGCACACAUUGUUAUUAUGCCAAUUGGGUAGUUAUUUUAUAGGUCAUGGACAAUGUGUCAAAAAAACUAAAAAUCAAAUAAUCCGUGUAAAUUUAUAUUGUAUAUUAGUUGUUAGGUUAUGUAUGAAAUUCACCAUUUCUACUGUAUUGAAUAUUCAAAUAUGAUAUAUGAUAAAAAUAACUGGCUCAAGGUAAACUUAAGUAAUAUUUUAAUAAAUAGUUGUAUUAUAUAUUCUUAAUGUUUUCUACAAAUGUUUAAAAUAUGAAUAAUUACAGCAGACUAUUGUGCACAUUAUAUAGGUAUAUGAUACUUUUUGAAGGUGCUGUUGGUGACUUCAUCUAGUAAACCCCAGCAAUGGAUUGUACCUGGCGGUGGAAUCGAACCAGAAGAAGAACCAAGUGCGACUGCUGUCAGAGAAGUAGUCGAAGAAGCCGGUGUUGUGGGCAGAUUGCACAGAAGACUUGGCACAUUCGAAGAUAGGGUCAGUAUUAUAUUUUUUAAAUAUUAUGUUCUCAUAGUUAUAUGUGUUUGUAUUAAAUUAUGAUUUGUUUUUAGACUCAUAUCAGACGGCAUAGAACAGAUGUCUUUGUUAUGAUUGUCACAGAAGAAUUACCAGAAUGGGAAGACUCUUUGGGCAUUGGUAAUAUUUCUAAAAAAUAUUUUAAGCCUAUGCAAUAUUAUAAAGUCCAAUUUUGUUACAAAUUCUAUUAAUUGUUGUGAUUUUGUUCCCAAACAAACUACAUAUUUAGUAAUACAGUAUUAUAUAAUAUUAUGUUUGAUAAUUUAAAAUCAGAGAACCAAGAAAUGAAUUCAAAUUAUCAAUGUUUACUAAUCUGGGAGAGUUAAAAUUUUUAAUUAUUAUCAAGGGUUUAAGAGAAAAAGUUCAAAUUAAAUAGAGUUACACAUUUUUUCAUUAUAGAAUUGUAAACUAGUUUUAACUUAAAAAAAACUAUUGGUGCUUAAUGAGACCAUUAGAACAUUUUCAAACAGAAUAUUAAACUGUAGACAUUGCAUAUUCCAGAAGUUGUGAAUGAUGAGGUUAGUCUAUUGAAAAAGUAACAGGCUAAAAUCUUAACAAAAUUAAUUUAUAUUUCUGUUGUAACAUUACAAACAUGUUAUUUACAUUAUACAAUUUCAAUAAGUGUUAGCAUGAAAUUGAGUUUCAAAUUGUGUAGGGAUUUCGGUUAAAAAUGGUUGAAUAUUGUGAAAUAUCUCUAAUCUCCUGGGAACCAAGUAUUUAGUUUAAAUUAAUGAUAGUUUACUGUAUUAUUAUUUCUUAUUGUACAAAUUUGAUUAAUUGCUAUUGGGUAACAUUUAUAAUAUAUAUAUUUAUAGGUAUCCAUUUUAAAACCAUUAGUGGUCUGAUAAAAAAAAUUUAACUAUGUGUAAUAUAUAUUGAUAUGUUUUUUAAUUCAAUGAACAAUAAAAUCAAAUGGUAAUUAGCUAACAUAUUUUGUCUACGAUAGCUUGAAGUAUAUCCAUAAAAUACAAAGUGUUAUAGUCCAAUUAUGAAACGUGAGCAAACAUAAUACAUAGAUAAUAAGCUCAUAAAAAUUAAACAAAUACAAUGAUAAAAAUAAUAGUAAUAAACUGUCAACAUAAAUAAUAUGAUAGUUUUACUUGUUGAUUGCAUUAUAUAUAUUUUUUUUUUUUGUAUCAGUGAUUUCAUUGCUGUUAGUUACCUAAUAAAUUAGGUAAAUUUAGAUAAAUUUAAAAACAAACUAAACAAGCGAUUAUAGUAUUAUAGUCAUUCACUGUAAUUUAUAAUUUUAUCAUAGAUAAAAGCAACUCUUGUUUUUUUGUUUUUAUCGUAUCAUAUUAAGGAAAUCAAUUAUGAGAGAUGAAUUUAAACAACCUGCAGAUUUAUAUAAAUAAAUUGCACUUUAAUGCAUUUUUUUUUUUUUAAAUAUACAUGUAAUUAAUAUAUUUUUUUUGUAUAUUGAAAUCUUGUGAAAAUAUUUUUGUUAAAAACUUAUUUUUUAACCAGAUUGUCUUUAAAAUAUAAUUUUCAGAACUAAAAUUAAACUGUUUCAAUAUUUAAAAUUAAUUUAUGAAAGUUUGUUAAUACAAUGAGUAUAAUUUGAAAAAAAUAAGAAAGUUUAUUUAAGUUUUUUCUCAUUUAAGAUAAUAUUAUAGACGGGUUUUUUUACUACAUGUUUAUAAUUAUAAUAUAUGUACAAUGUUUAUGUUCAGUAAUACGAAUGAGCAAUCGGAAUGUAUUAUAUCAUAAUUUUACCUUCAUUGAGAAAUAACCUUGGAAUUUAGUUAAUGAUACUCAAGUCAGAUAAUCUGAAAAAGCAUACGCAUUGAUAUUAUAUUUAUAUUUUUUUUUUUUUAUUAUGGUCUUAUAAUAAUAGACUUGUUUACAAAGUUCUGAAAUUCCAUACUCUAGUAAUUGAUGGUUCAAUAAUUUUGUUGAGCUUAUUGUGAAGAUUGGUAUUAUUUUCAUGAAAAUAAACCAAACCAACUAGGUAUUUAAAAUAACAAAUUAAAUUAGUACAAAAAAUACUAUCAGUUGUGAAAAUUAUGUAGUAUAAAAUUAUUUCAGAUAAUAUUAUUUAUUUAUGUGUGUCACGUUUUUAUAAUACUAAUAGGAUUAUUAUUAUUUUAAUUUUAAUUGUAUGCAAUGACGCUCAAGGUGUUUUAUUUUUAAAAUAAAUCUUUUAAAUACAGUUUGGUUAGCAAAUGGAUUGAAAUAUAUUUUUAUAUACAGACAAAUUUUCAAUAGUUUUUGUAAACCAUUUUAGUCUAAAUAACAAUUUACUUGUGUUUUUAGGCCGCAAGCGUAAAUGGUUUAAACUGGAAGAUGCCCUGAACAUGCUACGUCUACAUAAACCCACUCAACACACUUACCUGGAGAGUUUCGCUCUCAACAAACAAAUAGCAAACGCCUGAAAAUCAGCCAUCCAUCCAAAUUCUUGAUUCACAAUAAAUAACAUAUUUAUUGUAACAACACAUGUGUCCCUUUAACAUUUAGAUAAUAAAAUAUUGAUUUGCUAAUAGUUUAGACUAAGUCAGUGGAUUCAUAUAAUUUUUUAAGAUCAAAUUUGAGUUUGUUUACUUAUAGAUGUAAGGGAUAAUGAUUUUUUUUUGGUUUUUUUUUUAUUAUUAUUAUUAUUUAUUCAUUUAAUUUUUUUUAUAAAAUAUCUACAUAAUAAUUUAUAAUUGCAGAAUUUGUAACGCUUUUUAUAAUCAUUACAAUAAUAAUUGAAACAAAAAUAAUUAAACAUAAUAAAAUCACUGAACUGAAUAAUAUUUAAAACAAUUUUUAAACCUAAAAACUUAUAAAUAAUAUGUAUAUAUUAUAUAUCUUGUACGCACGGCUUCAGUGUUUAUGUUACUUAUUUUAUAUUAUAUAAAAAAACAAAAAAAAAAAUGACGGACUGCCAAUAGCUUAGUGGAUUAAAAAACUACUGAGUUAUGUAAAUUAUAAAUUAGUUUAUAAAAUUCUCAAUGUUAAUCUUUUAUUAUUUUUUUUUUUUCAUUUGUAAUCUUUGUGUAAUGCCCUUAAUAUGUUUUGGUUUAAGGGGAAAAAAAUACAAUUUGAAUAAAAAAUCCUAAUGUCUCAUUUAUUCAUUUCAUUUACAUUGUUAUUGUUUAUUAUUAUUUGGUAUAGUAAUAUUAAAAUCCGUUAUUUUAAUAUAUAUAAAUAUCGCGUAGAUAAAAAAACUAUUAUAUUUGUGUUGAUGAAAAACAGUACUACUUAAAAAUCGUCUUGUAACAAAUUCCCGGCGAGCUGGACUUUUUCACCAGGUUUGAAAGCAGGCAUGCCCAAGUACGGACAACUGGCGCAACGGAAUGCAUCACCAAGAUAACACUAAAAAUGUAUCACAUAAAAUAAUGCUUAGUUUUUUUUUUGUAUAAAUGUACUAUAAAUGAGAAAAAUAGUUUAUAUCCACUUACACUACCGCAAGAAGACUUGGCAUUAGACGUGUCUGGCAAAGGUUUUGACGUUUCAGACGUUUCACUUUUGGAACGCAUUGCAUCAAGUUCUUCAGCCAAUCCACAACUACAGUCUUUGCAAGCUUUGGCCUUCUUGGUAGUGGCACACACUUGAUACGACAAAUUUGAGUUAGAUUAAUAAUAAUACUUAAAUUAUACUCGCGAUGACCCACGUAUAAAGAAUCUUACCUCUAAGUGAUGAUGAAAUAGGUUUUUUUAAAUCAUCCGCUUCUAAUAAGUCAUCUUCAGCUAUUGUUUCUGCAUUUUGGUCUUGCAAAUUCCACGCCGCAAGGACAUUAGACUCGUUAAACGUAACCUUAUCACUUGAGCCAACCUAAUGG